GCUCGACAACGAGCUGCAUCACUUCGCAAGCAUCCAUGGCAGCCUCGACACAAGAUGCUCUAGAGAGCAUCGAGCGCCGCCGUGCGCAGCUCCAGGAGAAUGUCGACAAGCUUCAGAAAGCCUUGUCGCACUGGACGACCUGGGAAGCCGAGUACCAGAUGCUUAAAGAAGAGAUACAGAGUGCCGGAGACCCUGCCCCUUCGCAAAUCCGUGUGAUUGCUAGUCAUCUCGGUAGCUCACUAGUCAACGAGAAAGAGGUCGAAGAGCUCCUCGGCAAGAAGCUGCAGACGCCGCGCAGUGCUAACCAAGUCGUUGAUUUAAUCUCUAGACGCAUUGACUAUGUCCAACAGAACAGUGCCACCAUCGAAAAACAGCUCAAUGCCGCAGAAAAGCAACUUGCAGGUGUCGAUGUCCUACUCGAGCCGGGCAUGGAGAAUGAGGAUGGGCUACCGAUGAUGGAUAUCGAGGAAGAACUGGAUGACGAGGGCAAGGAAGUCUCAAGCUCCGUCAAUCAGACUGGCAAGGCUGCCGCUGAGAUUGUAGAAGUGUUGCGGAAGGCUGGCUUACAAAAGGCUGAGCUGGACAGGCAAAGUGCAGUACAAGAAGCACAAGAAGAUCCCCUGGAAACCCCGUCAACAUCGGUGUCUACUGCGGUUGUAGCGGGAGAGCCUGACCCAGCAGCUGCGUCUACCCAGUCAAAGCCAGAGCUAUCAGAAUCCGAAUCUAUCAGAAACAUUCCCGCGACGUCCGUAUCGUCUGUAGAGGCUAUCGAACAUGAACCUAGGAAGAAGUCGGCUUUGGAGAUGCACGGCUACAAUGACGAUCUUGCAGCAGCAAAUUUCAACAGCGGGACAAAGGUCAUCGAACUUGAUGCGGACGAUAAUCUAGUUGCGACCUAUCCAAUCAUCCCGCAGGGCGAGUCACCAGAAGAUGCUGAGCUGCGAAGACAAAUGCUGCAGUACGGGUUGUCCGAGGUUGGGCAGAUAGUUGCUGAACUUGACCUUGAUCAACCCACCGCAUCGUACUCGGACGACGACAUGGACGAUGAUUACGAUGAUGAUUACACCGAAGGAGAGGAGGAGGAAGACGAGUACGGCCGCACCACCAAGCCUGUACUUACAGAGGAAUACCGCGAACAGAUGCGAGAGCUGGAAAAGAAGCUCGGUGCUCGCAUGCUUGAAAACGUUGGACCUCAGUCUGAAACUUCCCCUCUGGCGGAGCAUAUCGGUGACAUUCGCACGAUGCGUGUGCGGAAAGACGAUCGAUUUGACCAGUCAAUGGAGGCAGAGGCAUCCCAGAUGCCGAAAGUUGAAUCCAAGUCGCAAGCCAAGAAGAAGGGUGUACGCUUCGCCGACGACCUCGACAUCUCCGAGGCCCCGCAGUCAGAACGAACAGCAGGACAAACUACCCAGUCCGAGACUAAGCCAGCUGGUACCAUGUCAGAUACCAUCGUCGAGCGCGCUGCCACCACGCCCCAACCGCCUAUGGAGCCCUCCAAACCCGCAAAGGUUUCCAGAUUCAAGAGCGCUCGAGCUGAGUCAAAGCAACCGCCACAGAUGCUACCAACGCCCACCAUUCCUGAGGCACCUCCUGUCCCUACCGGACCCGUUGGUCGCACGUUAGCCAACACAAUAACCGAGCAUGUGGGGUCAUCGUCUGAGCCCCAAGCCCCGGAUGAAUUUGAUCCGGUCGUUGUGAACCGCGAGAUUGAAGCCGAGUACCACGUAGCGCGCAACAAGUUUAUCCAGCAACAGGGCGGCUUCAAGCCCACGGAAGAAGACAAUGAGAGCGCCAUAGUAGAAGAACGAGAUGGGAAGACGAAGAAAGUGAGUCGGUUCAUGGCGGCCCGAUUGAAGGCUGAUGGUAUGUAAGAUUUCUGUAUAACACUGUGUUCAUUUACAUGCACCGUCCCUAUUCCGCUACUUGACCAAAGUCAUUGCUGUGAUGCGUUAGGCUGCCUGUACAUCUGUGGUACUUUCUACACGGUCAAUCGUGAAACUGCAGAGCGUACUAGGAGUAGUCUGGGUGGCAAAUGGAACAAUUCAUGCCCGUGAGAGAUACCACUUAUGUAUCAUGUCUCACAUUACAUUCGUUCCUAGAGUAAAGACCAACGGGGCUCUCUGACGUGGCUGGCUUGCUUGGCAGCUGAUGCCUGGCACGAUUGUUUAUGCUCUGUACAUAUGGACGUUGAUUAUGUUAGUAUUAUGAAUAUCAUGUUGAAUAUGCCAGCAUAUUGCUACUAUGAAUCCGAAUCUGUGAUGACUUAUAGGCCCUAAUAGCUCUAAUGGAGUAGAGAGUCUUGAAAUCGGAAGGAUCAGACGCUUAAAAAUUAGAAACUAUAUAUACC